GAGACAGGGGAGAGAGUAUUAUUAUUUGAAAGAAAAAACAAGGAAAAAGUCCAAGCAAACAAGUCUCCUUUCCCUAUUUACUCUUCCUGGUUGGUUGUUUCUUUGCUCUUUCUUCUCUCCUUCCUGGAAUGGAACCUGGAAAAAACAAAACUUAAAAAGUCAAUAUCAAUAUCUUCAUCUAUAUAGCCUUUUCAUUGCCAAAGAUCGAAAGUUGCAAAAGACAAAGAGUUAUCAGAUAUGGGGAACUGCUUUGGAACUCCAGUUGAUCACAAUAGCCAAUGCACCACCAAGCCCUCCAGCCCAGAAGAAACGAAAAAAUUGAAAGACAGUAAAUCAAAUGGAUUGCUACCUACAAGAAACAACGAGAGUGCUGAAGAUAACCGGACCGCAAGGGAAGGAAGAAGCAAGGAGCAAGAGACAAUGCCCGCAAGCGGAAAGAUUGUCAGCACGACCUUAAAAAUAUUCACUCUAGCUGAACUCAAGGCUGCCACCAGGAAUUUCAGGCCUGACACGGUGCUAGGGGAGGGAGGUUUUGGCAGAGUCUUCAAGGGUUGGGUUGAUGAGAAAACCUACGCUCCCUCAAAGGUCGGGGUUGGCAUGGCUGUCGCCGUCAAGAAAUCAAAUCCAGAUAGCUCUCAAGGGUUGCAGGAAUGGCAGGCAGAGGUUAAAUUCUUGGGCAAGUUCUGCCAUCCGAAUCUCGUGAAGCUCUUGGGAUACUGUUGGGAGGAGAACCAGUUCCUCCUUGUCUAUGAAUACAUGCAAAAGGGGAGCUUGGAAAACCACCUCUUCAGAAGUAAGAAACAAAUCAUUUCGGAAACAAAAACCUUAUGCCUUCUUUUAAUUUUAGUCGGAACCCAAGAAAAACUUAAGGCCGUAUAUAAAUUUAUUCUUGCAGUGGGAGGGGCGGAACCUCUGACAUGGGAAACUCGGCUCAGAAUAGCCAUCGGGGCUGCUCAGGGCUUGGCUUUUUUGCAUACAUCAGAGAAAAGUGUAAUCUACAGGGACUUCAAAGCCUCCAAUAUUUUGCUGGAUUGGGCUUACAAUGCUAAACUUUCUGACUUCGGUUUAGCAAAGUUGGGUCCUAUUAAUGGCAACUCGCAUGUCACCACACGGGUCAUGGGCACUUAUGGUUAUGCAGCUCCUGAAUAUGUUGCCACAGGUCAUUUGUAUGUGAAAAGUGAUGUGUAUGGUUUCGGGGUUGUGCUGCUGGAGCUGUUAACAGGCCUAAGGGCCCUGGAUACAAAUCGUCCCAGCGGUGAGCAAAAUUUGGUGGAAUGGGCCAAGUACUCCCUGACUCAGAAGAAAAAGCUCAAGAAAAUAAUGGACCCAAGGCUAGAAGAACAAUACCCUAUCAAAGCCGCAUUGCAAACUGGUGAGCUCAUUUUAAAGUGUCUGGAAUCUGAUCCCAAGAAUCGUCCAUCCAUGGAAGAGGUGUUGGAGACGUUAGAAAAGAUCAGUGCCAUCAAUGAAAAGCCUAAAGAUAGCAAAGUUGGCACGUCGCACCGAAACGCUAAAUGCCAAGAGGAACAACAAGGCCAUUACAAUCAUCGGUCUCCGGUUCAUUCUAGGCACGGUGGUGCUGGCACCGGAACCCAAAGGAACCAACGCCCCUCCACAGCUACAGCUAGGUCACGCCGGUAAUAAUGUUUCCCCAGAUGUGCAUGUGACAUAUUGUUUAUCAUUCCUACUCCUAUAAAGCUUAACUUCAAUCAAAUUUUUCCCACUAUUUCUUUGUACACUAUUUUUGGACUCACUGGCAGCAAAGAAUAUGUAUAAUACAGGAUUUACUUGAGGCCCAGUUGUACGCCCAAAUCAAGAGCAUGUACGUCUGUAACCUUGUUAAUCACGACGAGAAACGUCCUGCCUUCAUUCUCCAAGCAAAAAUUCACCAGUUAACUCUAGUUCUUGAGUUGGGCCUUAUGCAUCAGGGAUUACUUAUCACCAAGAAGAGUUUUGGGCUUCUAAUAGGUGCGGUAUCGAGCCACCGGUAACCUCAUUUCAAAAUUGUGAGAUUUAAUAAUUUUUAUUAUUUUGAUUAUUUCAAUUUGAACAGAUUAAUACUCACUUUUA